AUGGCAGAUGAUAAGGUAAAUUGGAAGUCGCAGACUAACCCUGCGUGCAGGCGAUUCAGAAUAAUAGUCGCUCAAGAAUUACUCAGAGAUGGUGGUCUCAUUCGAACUGAAAAUCACUUCUCUGGAGUUGGUUUAUGGUUAAAAACUCCAUCGUCUCCAAAUUUGACAAUUUGUCGACAGGUCACUCCGAUUGCGUUAUCUGUUUACGCCUCUCACUGCACACCAAGAACAGGCUGUUCUCAGCAUAUGUGCUCCAGCUGUUCGUGGAAGUUGGUUGUUGUCGACGAAGUCCUCGUUGUAUUGUUGAUUAGCACCAAUGAAUAG